AUGCCACCUACCAACAACAGUCCAUCCAAAAAGGGCAAGGGCCCCACCACACACGACCUGCAAUGCCUCACGAUCCGCGAACUCGAGCUCCUGGCACGCGACCGCAUGGACAAGCAGACGCGCGACUACUACAACGAAGGCGCCGACGACAACAGCACCCUGUCCGAAAACUCCAGCGCCUUCGCCAAAUACCGCAUCCGCCCGCGCGUGCUGCGCGACAUCUCGGACAUCGACCCGAGCGUCUCGGUGUUUGGGCAGCGGAACACCCUGCCUCUCGGCGUGGCGCCCACGGCCAUGCAGCGCCUGGCGCACACGGACGGCGAGGUCGCGACCGCACGCGCCUGCCGCGACAUGGGCGUCGUCAUGGGCUUGAGCUCCUUCAGCACCUGCACGCUCGAGGAUGUGGCGGACAACAGCCGGCCGAAUGCGAACGUGCUGCAGUUGUAUCUGUUUGAGGACCGCGAACACAGCCGCAAGCUGAUCGCGCGGGCCAAGAAGGCGGGCUUCAAGGCCGUGCUGUUGACCGUCGACACGCCGAUGCUGGGCCGGAGGAAUCUCGAGAUCCGGAACCAGUUCAAGCUGCCGUCGCACUUGAAGGUUGCGAAUUUUCGCGCGCAGGAGGAGGAUGGAGAUGCCUUGGAUGAGGAGCAUGGGGAGGCGCGGCCGAAGCAGAACCAGAACCAGGGCCGGAAGAAGCGCCAGAAGCAGAGCGAGAGCGUAGCGGGCCAUCAUGACGGGGAGAAGUGGGUGAGUCCGUCUGGGCCCGUGACCUUCCACACGCACGCCGCGAACCCAAAGUUGAGCUGGGAGGAGAGCAUUCCGUGGCUGAAGGAGCAGUGCGGGGACGAGAUGCAGGUCUGGGUCAAGGGUGUCGCGACGGCCGAGGACGCGCUGUUGUCGAUCCAGCAUGGCGUCGACGGUAUCGUGGUCAGCAACCACGGCGGCAGACAGUUGAACGGCGCACUGGCGACGCUGGACGCGCUGCCGGAGGUCGUGCAAGCCGUGGGCGGCAAGGUUCCCGUGCACGUCGACGGCGGCGUCAGACACGGCACCGACAUCUUCAAGGCGCUCGCACUGGGUGCCGAUUUCGUCUGGAUCGGCAGGCCGGUGCUUUGGGGUCUCGCGUAUAAGGGCGACGAGGGCGUCAAGCUCUGCUUGCGGCUGCUGAUCGAUGAGUUCAGAUUGUGCAUGGGUUUGGCGGGCGUUACCAAAGUGAGCGAGAUUGGGAGGGACUAUCUGGUGAGGAUGAGCAGGGACGGGCUUCCGAGCCGGUUGUAA